AUGGAGGGCGAUAUGGACAGUGAUGACGACAGCGAUGACGUUAUCCUUGUCAACGACUCCAGCAAGUCAUCUGCUACUUCGAUCCACUCAGCCACUGGUGUCGAGCCAUGGGCACUUCAGACAUCCUGGUCUGCCCCUGCUGUACUUGGCCAAGAUCACCACCAGGCCAUGAUGCCAGCAGCACCGAGCAAGGUCGAGGACGAGCUGCCCUCUACGUCCUAUCCGAAGGACGUGAGGGUUUCCUCUCAGUACUGCCUGUCCUACCAUCGGUUCAUCAACGAUGAGGAGAACGAUGACGAGUCGGUGACAUCCGAUGUCGAGUACGGGAACGAAGAUGCUGACAAUGCCGAUGCCGAAUCCAACGCUGAUGACGACACAACACCAGUCCGUGGACUUGUGUAUUCUGAGGAUGAAUACACCGACGACGAUUGUAGUGUUGAUCAGGAGGUCGAGCGUGCCAUCAAGGAUGCAAUCGAAGAGUCCAGUGAGGAUGAGACCAGCUCACAGACUGACCAGACUUUGAUGGUCAAGAAGUGUGACAUUGUCCACAUCACCAAGGUCAAGAGCUUGGACCAGACAGAGGAGGACAGCAGCAGCUACCUGUCUAGCGGCCCCUCAGGUAAUGACGUCACUAGUGACGAUGAGACAACGUCACAGGUUGGUGAAGUUUGUGUUGAUGAGAUCGAGACCAUGUUUUUGAUCUCCCUGAUCUGGACCUUGAUCCGCAACCCCUUAUAUGGCGUCUUCCAGGCCGGGCUCCAGUUCGUUCAAGAUAUCGUGAAAGGGAAGGAGGAUGAAAUGGACGUCGACGAGAAGAAAGCCGUGGUCGUCCAUUGA